CUGUGAGAAAUAAAUAUGUCCAGUUGUGGAGUGACGUUGCUCCUCCCUCCUGCAGAGAUGAGAAGAUAUAAAACCCUCUGCUCUCCUUCAACAACACCUCAGUUUUCGCGUGGAGACACUCAGCACUUGUUGCUUGCUGGAAUUUCACCCCUUUAACUUCCUCAACGGUUUAUUUUAACUUUUGAUUAAUUUAUUUUUAAGGCAAAUUGAGAUCUAGUCCAUCUCCACAUAUUUACAUUGUUUUUGGUUGUUGUUUUUUUAGUAUGCCUCCACUUCAGUCACCUGGAAUAAUCCUAUAACUGGUUCAGUCACUGUGCUUGGUGUGAAAGCAUGGCUUGGUUCAGUGUAAAUACCAGUAACACCACUUUGGAGAAUGCGCUAUUGGGGAAUGAGCCGCGAGACGAGCGCUUGGCUCAGGUGGAAAUAGCUCUUCUGUCCAUCAUCUUCAUCACCGCGGGGAUCCUGAACUUCGGGCUGUUGUUAGUACUGUGUAAGCGAAGGAAGCAACUCUCCAGGAUGCGCGUCUUUGUUUUCCACCUGUGCGUGGCCGAUCUGGUGGUGACAUUUUUCCAAGUUUGUCCUCAGCUCAUGUGGGACAUCACUGACAGAUUCGUUGGUCCAGAUAUACUGUGUCGCGCGGUAAAGUACCUACAGGUGGUCGGGAUGUUUGCUUCCACUUAUAUGAUAGUAGUGAUGACGAUAGACCGAUAUCAAGCCAUCUGCAACCCCAUGGUGACUUUCCAGAGGCGCAGGGCGCGCUGGAACGGUCCGGUGUGCGCCGCCUGGUGCGUCUCCCUCAUCGGAAGUCUCCCGCAGGUCUUCAUCUUCUCGCGGGUCGAGGUCGCUCCUGGUGUGUACGACUGCUGGGCAAAGUUCAUCACGCCGUGGGGGCCGAAAGCUUACGUGACUUGGACGACUUUGGUGAUAUUCGUCUUGCCUGUUCUCACCGUGAUUGUGUGCCAGGUGCGCAUCUGCAGGACCGUGCACGUCAACUUCCACAUGAAGAUGCAGCACGUCGGAGAGGCUGUCCGAAAACCGAUGUCUUCCAGGGCCAGCAGCGUGGCAGGGGUGUCCAAGGCCAGGGUGAAGACGGUGAAGAUGACCGUGGUCAUCGUGCUCGCCUACAUCAUCUGCUGGACGCCUUUCUUCACCGUGCAGCUCUGGUCUGUCUGGGACGUCGAGGCACCCACUCAGACUGCAACCUUCACCAUCUUGAUGCUGCUGGCCAAUCUUAACAGCUGUGCGAACCCCUGCAUCUACCUGAUGUUUAGUGGCAAGCUGCCCAAGAGAUUGGUGGCCCUGAUGGGCUCGGGCCAGCCUGAUCUGAAGGAGUCCAUCCAGGAGGAUGCCUCUGUGGUCAGCUCCCUUUAUAUCAGCCUCAAGAGCCUGUCAGACUGCAGAUAGAAUCUUUAAGCCUCAGAUACUUUUCUCACAUCAGGCCAGCCUGUUGAACAGUGGUGUGUAAAAUAUGGCUCCCUCAUGCGCAAAAGAGCUGUAGAAAUGUGUGAGGGCAGACAUUACAGCAGAACUACCAUUCUAUUGUAGGGAGACAACUGGGAGACAUUGUGAAGAUGAAAUGCUUGAAUAUUUAAGUAUAAGCUCAUUAUGGAGCACCAGAUACACCACCAAGUCUUUAAAAGAACAUUACCUUGAUACAUUAAAUAUGAUUACGCUUGCUAUAAAGGCACGAUUACUCAACUCAGUCUUGCAGACCUACACAAUACACCCACUUCACUAAAUGAUGCACCCAUUUUACUACCUAACACCCCUGACCUCUAACCUUAACUAUCUCACUGCUAAUGCAUAACCUAACCAAGGGGAUCUGUCAUGUAGAUACUGCAAUUCCCUGCUACAAUUGUCCAUGACUGACUGAGUGAGUGAGUAGCUCAGUGCUGAAGUAACACCAUUGGUUGACUGAACACCAUUACUUCCUGUAUAUAUUUCAAAUUAAAAAGCACUUUAGCCUUUCAUACACAUUCCAGCCAUUUACUAGGUUAUGAAUCUAGUCUUGUUUUGGUGGGACUCUAUGGAUGGCAAUGUUGUUAAUCCACCAUACUGGUCCAGACUGAUAGAUACAUAAACAACUAUUGGAUUAACUGCCAUGACACUGUGUACAGACAUUCAUGUUCCCAUGAGGAUGAAUCCUACACAUGUUUCAUCUAGUGCCACCAGCAAGUUGUCACUUAUCCAGUGAAGUAUCUCAACAUCUACACCAUGGAUUGGCAACAAAAAUGUUUCAUUCAUGGUCCCCAGAUGACGUAUUGCAAUGACUUUGGUGAUCAUUGGUGGUUGGUGACAUUUCCUCUAGUGCCACCUUGAGGUUGACAUUUGUGGUUUUGGGUGAAAUGUCUUAACAACUGUAGGAUGGAUUGUCAGUAAAUUCGGUACACACAUUCAUGUCUCAGGAUGAACUGUCAUAUGUUUAGUUAUUUUCUGACCUUUCUUCUCGAUCCAUUAUCAGGACAAAAUGUUAAUAAAACACUGUCCACAACUAAUUACAUUUUCAUUAGCUUUAGCUGUACUCUAUUUAGUGCUACUCUGCAAAUGGUAGCAUCUUAACAAUGCUAAACUAGGAUAAUGAACACUACAACAUUAAACCUGCUAAAUAUCAGCAUGUUAGCAUUCAUUGUGAGCAUCUUGAACAUGCUGAUGGCAUUUCCGACAGCUGUGGUGGACCCUAAUUACGAUAUAAUGUGUCUCUUAUUUGUUGACAAAUGAAACUUUAUUCAGGAGCCACAACAGAAUAUGGGUCAGGUUAUUUUCUCAGUCAGGAAUACAUAAAUUAUUAAUGAGAAAAUUAAGGAGAAUUCUGAAAUGGACACACAAUUUGCAAAAUGUUAAUUGCAAUAUUUUGAUUGCAUGUGAUUUUUUUGUUGUUAGAGGUUUAUGUAACUGAUUUUGUGAAAUGAAAAAUGUUUCAAAAAUGCAUCCAUGUGUUGUGAUUUGAAAGUGUUUCACUCACAUGUAAAUGUGGUUUAUCCUUUAGAUAUUUAAUAGGUUAUACUGUAUGUAUUAUAUGUCCUUCGAAUGUAGUUCUUCAGUCUACUUAACAUCUGUAUAUAUGAUCACAUGUAUGAUCAUGACAGAUAUCUGUUAGUUGUUGGUUAAAAUAUUCAGUUAUCAGACAUUAGAUGGGUCUGUGUUUGGUUCAAAUCUUGAGUAUCUUCAAAUGUUUAUUGCACCAAGAUGCUCACUGUAAAAUGUUCCAACAUGUUUACAUUUUUCAAGGAUUUUUAAACCCUUUAGGAGUGAUGAUGUCUGAGGUAUUGCCAAAUAAACUGUCAUG